CCUGCGUGAUGCAGAACAAGCUCAGCUUAGCUAUGAAUUACUUUGAACAAGCUGUAAAGAUCGUCAUCUCGUCUGAAGGGGACAGCUCUGCCGAACUGAUAAACAUCUACCGGGAGAUGGCCCGGGCUGAGCAACUGAAGAGGCGGCACCAGCAGGCCAUCCACUACCUGCUGCAGGCCCAUUCUAUAUGUCAGGCAGUGUAUAAAAAGCUGAGUGAAGAGGCCGCACAGACAGGGCUGCUCCUAGCUCAGGCCUAUGCUGCUGCCGGACAUUCUGAAUACAAUGAAAGCGCUGAUAAGUACUUUACUGAGAGUCUCAGCAUUUACCAGGUGGUGCUGGGCCCGGACGACCCUCAGACACUGACCACGUGUGUGCAAUUUAGCAAAUGGCUCAUACAGAUCGGUAGGACUCAGGACGCGUUCAAGAUGUUACAGGAAGCGAUGGGCACAGAGACGGACUACAGCGAGACUGUGGCUGAGAUGCUCAGUAUCAUGGGCAGUAUACAUCUGGCAAAUGGGAAAAUACAGAAGGGCUGCCGACUCCUAAAGAAGAGUCUAGAGAUUCAGACCGUGUUUUAUGGCUCCCAGCACAACAAGACCAAAGAAACCCAGAAUCUCCUGACCACACUGCAGAAGUCUGGAGCAAUAGGGGAGUAAACUAUGGCUGCAGGUUCUAUCCAGAUCCUCGUCCUACCAACCAACGAGGAAUCUCCUACCUAUACCUCAGAGGAAACCUUCAAGGGGAUAUCCGUGGGGUCCGCACUUGCACCUGGAAGGAUACAUGGCCUCCUAUGUAGGAUAUCAUGGACACAGGCUACAGUCAUCAUAAGAACUGACGCCCGGCAACCUGCGGCCACGUACAGCGACAGGUGCACCCAUCUGAACCCCAGUUCAAUCCCAUUCACUCCUGUGGGUUGUGAUGCUUUUGAAGUUAAGGUACAAAAUCUGAGGCUGCACUACUGAAGGAUUCUGCCCAAAACAUGAUUUCUGUCGGCCAUCAUUCUGUGUGAAUUCAGAUCACCACCCUGGCUGAAAAGGUCUGUGUGCGCACACUGGUGCAGACAGAGAUUUGGAUCCAAUAUCCAAUCUCCAUUGCACCU